GUGAAUCUAGUUUCAGAAGAAAGUAUCUCUCUGGGUUUAAACUCCUCACCACAGCCCGUGGCUUCUGCCACCCUCUCCCAUUGGCCCCAACUGACCAGGAGGACAGCGACACGCUCAAAACUCAUAACCCAGAUCCCAGCCAGAACUGCCACCACCGUGCCCGUCAAGUGGGCUGCCUUGACAGGUGGUGAGCACCCCAUCACUGGGAGAAUCCAAGCAGCGCUGCCAUGGAGGAAAGUUUCUACUCAGAAGUCACGAAAUUUUCCAGAAGGCGGAGGUCAUGCUGCUCUAGGGGGACGCAGCUGGCCCUGCUGGCGCUGGUGAUGACGGCCCUAUGGGCUGGGCUGCUGACUCUGCUUCUCUUGUGGCACUGGGAAAACGCACGAAAUCUAAAACAGCUGGAGGAGACCGCUGCCCAGAACGUCUCUCAGGUGUCCAAGGACUUGGAAACACACAAGAGUGACCAGAUGGCCCAGAAAUCCCAGGCUGCCCAGAUAAUGCAGGACAUGGAACGAAUCCAAGCUGAACAGAAGAGAAUGGAAUCUGAGGAGUCUGCGCUCUCCUGGAACCUGGAUGGUCUUCGAGCUGACCUGAGUGACCUGAAGUCCCGCGGCUUGAAUGAGAUGCGUCAGGCCUUGGAUUCACUGGGAAGACUCCAAGAGGAGGUGGGAAAGUUGUGGAUCGAGCUACGCGCGUCCAACGCCCAGACCCCAGGAGAGACGCUGCCACCCACCCUGCGUGUGGUACCCACGGCACCCGCCAUUGCACUUUCCACGGUACCCAACACAGCAUCCACCUUGGUACCCACGACAACAACAUCCACUACAGCAUCCACCGCGAUGCCCAGCACCACAGCAACUACCACGGCAACCACCAUGGUGCCCACCACAGCUGCCCCCCUCAGCCUCUCCUCCACCCCAGGCUCUGUGUGCAACACGUGCCCCGAGGCCUGGAUCUAUUUCCAAAAGAAGUGCUACUACUUCGGGGAGGGCUCCAAGAAAUGGCUGGAGGCCCGGUACACCUGCGAGAAUCUGCACGGGCGGCUGGUUAGCAUCCACAGCCCAGAGGAGCAGGACUUCCUGACCAAACGCGCCAACUGGAGGGGCUCCUGGAUUGGCCUUCGGGACCUGGACAUCGAGGGGGAGUUUAUCUGGAUGGACAACCAGCCCCUGGACUAUAGCAACUGGCAGCCGGGGGAGCCCAACGACGCGGGCCUGGGUGAAAACUGCGUGAUGAUGCUGAGCUCUGGGAAGUGGAAUGAUGCCUUCUGUGGCAGCAAGCUGCAUGGCUGGGUGUGUGACCGGCUGGCCACAUGCUGAGCGCCGGCCUGCCACCUCGGCCCUGAGUGCCCCUGCCCACCCUCCAGCUGCACCUUUCUGCAUCACUCCUCCACCUUAAACGCGGGAACAGCCUGACCCACAGCAAGACCCUGAGGACCCCCGGCAAGCAGAAGCAGCAGACUCAUUCCCACGUCCCCACCAUCCCCGAGGGCCCAUCCCUUGCCUCUCAGCCCAGCGGGCCGUCACCACUGCCCUGCCCUCAAGUGAGAAUCCCCUGCCCUCCAGUUUGGAGGCUAGAAGCCCCCUUCCCUUUGGGGCACAGUGCCUGGCAGCCCAGCCUUCCAGGGAGCAGCAGGGAACACCUGAGACCCCAGCGUGCCUCCUCCAUCCCUAGCUCGUGAUACAGACCCAUAUCCUGGCCCCAGAGGACAGAGACCUCAGCUCAGGCAGCCAAUGCUCCCCCCACCCCCCCACACACGGACCCACAUCAAUAGAAUGGGGCCAUGAUGACCCCUCAUGCCCCCUCCUCGGGGCCUUGCUGGCUCUGGUCUCCAGGCGUGGAACAUGGAUGCUGGGAGUUGUAAAAUGUGGUGCCCAGGGCCACCUCUGAGUGCCAGGAACUGAAGAGGCAUGGAUAGUUCCCCUCUGUUUUUUUUUUUUUUUUCCUACUUCAUUAUAAGAAGCAUUUACUAGGCAGGCCCUGAAGAUGAAGACUCGGGUCUGAUGGAGCAGAGAACACCCCUAGACACUCAGGAAUAUUGCAGGGCAAGGCAGUGGACUGCCAUGAACGUAGUUCUCAGUCCAGAAUAGGGCCCAGUACACAGAAGGCUGGAGAAGCUCAUGGGGGAGGAGGACAGGUCACCUGGAGGCCAGUUUGGGCCCUCAGCUGCCAGCCCCACCCGCAUGCAGGGUCUGGGAGGCUGGGGCAGCACCAACCCCAGGUUUGACCAAGGUCAGACCCACACCUCUGGGGGGCCAUGGAGGGAGGCAGACCAGGAUCUUAGAGUGCCCUGGUUAAGCGCCUCACCUGCGCACCCCCAGUUUCUCGUCUAGAAAAGGAAGAGCCAGACACGCUCAUGUGAUUCUCAGGCCCACUCAAGAAAGAGGAGAGACCCACAAUGGGCCACCCAGGACCAUGCCAAAUCCUAAGAGUCAAGGGCCAGGCUAAGCACCAGCCACACGUUUGGAGGCUGUGGAGGGUUCCCUGGGGUCCAGAACAGGGUGGGGACAAAGCUGACCCCUUAAGUGAAACAUGGGCUAGAACCCCCACUCACCUGUUCCCUCUCCCCAGCACCACCCCGAGAUUUUUCUCUCCCCCAAACCCUUCCUCGGAACUCUGGGCCAGUGCACAGCUGCCUACCCAACCUCUCCUCAUGGGAACUCAGGUUUCUGCUUCCAGGUUGCUCAGGUCGACAGGGGGUCACCCUCGCCACCUCUUUCUCUCACCAACCCCCUUCCAAACCCAUCAGAAAGAGCCAAGGCCCCAGUCAAGCCACAUUCAGAAUCCCCCUACUUCUUACCCCCUCCUGCUUCAGCCUUGGUGCAGGCCCCCUCCUUGCUCACCCAGGUCUUCCUCUUCACUGCCCUAAGACCCCCAGAAGUUUCCUUCCAGCUCAGGGAAAAAGCCAGAGUCCCAUAGGCUUCUUUCUGAGCGUGUGGACCCCUCCUGCAGGCUGUAUCUCCCCAGGUUCUCCCCUGCCAGCAUCCUCACUGCUCCUUCAACAUUUAGGCUAACUCCCACCACAGGGCCUUUGCACAUGCUCCUCCCACCUCCCUCCCAUUUAAAAGGACACCUCCCGACUCCCCAUCCCUUCUACCCCACUGUGUUUUUGCACCAAAGCCUCUUCUCCUUUCAGCAGGUUGUGUAAGUUACUGAGCUGUUUCAGGUGAGCAGGGGCCUUUCUUUUGUUCUCAGCUGUGUCCCCAGAGCCUGGCAUAGAGUAGGUGCUCAAUAAAUAUCAGUUGAAUUAAAU